AUGGGAAAACGUGUCUUAAGAGAGAACUUUCAACCCCACUCAAAAAAAACUGUUCAGGGGAAAGGGAAUUUAAAAAAUACUGUUUUCAUUGACGUAGACAGUUAUCAGGGUGAUGAUAUGAUAAUCAUAGAUUUGUCUGAGUUUGGGCCACAAUUUCAUGGGUCCAGUGUGCCAAGUAGAGACAGAACAUAUACGCCUCAGAGGGUUAUCAGCAUUGAUGACGAUGAUGAUGACGCCGAUGAUGAAAGUGAUGCUGCAACCCAUCAUGGAAUCAUUUCUGAAGGAGUUGAGGAUUUGGACAGCGAUGCCUCCUCAAGCAUAAAGUUAUCUCCUGCCCCAAGCUGUAUGCAAAAUUCUGUACACGUAGAUGUAGAUGAUGGUCAUGUCAAUGAAAAGGAUUCUACAAAGGAUACUGGCAGAAAUCGAUAUGGUUUAGAUGGGUCUGAAAGUGAGUCACCGGAGAGUGAUUGUUCUGAUUGUGAACACAUGGAUUGUGAACAGUGGGAAAAGGUUUUGUUUGAGAGAAAGCACCAUGUGUUUAAUGAUCAAUCUUGUUAUGAUGAACAUGCCAGUUCUUCUGGUGUCCAUAGCAAUAUUUACGCUGAUAUCGAAGUAGAAAAUAUGAACGAACAGCAUGCAGGAAACCCUGUAUAUUCUGGUCCCAGCAAUGGUGAAUUUGUCAAGGAGAAUCAAUCUUCCUUCUCUGUUAAGGGUGAUGGUCAAGUGGAUGACAUUAAUUUUAAUCUUGGGACAGAAAAUUCUUUCAAGGAUUCUGAUCAGCAAGUUAGGCAGGACAGUUUCAAAUCUCCUGGGUCUGAAUCCAUAGAGGAAAUGCAAUCUUUGCGUCAAGGUUGUGAUAUUGAGCAUGGAGAAAGGACAAGAGGUGAAGAAUUGGAUGGUAAAGAGUCUGAAUGUAUUGGCAUGAGCCAAGAAGUACGUGAAAGGCAAGUUGACAACAAUGGAUCUGCAUUUAUGAGCAAAGAUGACAAUUUAGCUGAAGUGAAUUUUAACUGUAGCUCUUUUGAUGAAAGACAUGUCAAUUGUGAUAGGCUUGUGUUACAUGCUCAAGAUGGUAAUCUUACUGCUUCAAAUGAGAGAGAUAUAAUUAACAAAAGAGAAAAGCUUAAGGAUACUGAUGAAUAUAGACAAGUCAUAGAAGCAGAAUGGGCAUCCAGGCAGAAGCAAUUGCAAAUUCAGGCAGAGGAAGCACAGAGAUUACGCAAAAGAAGAAGGGCUGAAAAUGAGCGCUUACUGGACAUGCAAAGAAGGCAAAAAAAACGCAUUGAAGAAGUGAGAGAGACACAAAAGAAGGAUGAAGAAUUUAUGAACAUGAAAGAGCAACUGCGGGUCGAAAUACAGAAGGGGCUUAAUGAAUUGGAGAGGCAAUGCUAUGAUAUGACAUCACUGCUUCGUGGCUUAGGAAUACCUGUGGGAGGAAGUUUAAUCCCGUUGCCCAAUGAGGUGCACGCGGCAUAUAAACGGGCCUUGUUAAAGUUUCAUCCAGAUCGUGCAUCCAAAACUGACAUUCAACAGCAGGUUGAAGCCGAGGAGAAGUUCAAGCUCAUCUCUCGCAUGAAGGAGAAGUUUUUGUUGACUUCUUGUCACUAAAUGCUAACAACUGAAUGGGUGCGGUGGUUGGUAUUUUGAUUCAAGUGACUUUGUCUGCUAGCUUUGUGUUUGUCUUAGUUUUUAAUUGUUUUCGUUAGUCCCCCAAAUUUUAUAGACGAGAAAUUGACAAGAAUAUGUAAAGAUGUUCUCUUUUUUAAAAUGCCAAUUUUGGGGGAUGGAUAGUAAUUACUAUCCACCAAUUACUAUCCACCCGCUUCAUAUUUGAUAUUGGGUAUAUGUUAAGGUCACUUUAAAGAGCAUAAGGGCUUUGCAGCAUUCAGUGAAACAAAGUCAACAUGUGUUUAGCCUAUGUUGGUAAAUUGGCUUUUAAGGCUACAAACCGAGUAUGUU